UUAGAAAUCUCUACCACUUAAUGGAAACACGUGCCACGUAAUAACCUGUUGUAUACCUAUCUAAUAGCUUAUAAAAACAAAAUACGUUUGUAUCUGGAUAUUACACCGUCACAAGUCUCUAAAUAAUGAUAGGAUUUUGAAGAGAAAAGUUAGGAUGUUUUGUGAGAUAUAUCAUUAAGUUAAUUUGUGAAUACUUAGGAUAGAGGAUCUUGCAUUUAUUCGAGGUGAAGAUUAGAUCAAACAACGUCAUGAAGAUAAGCAACCGUAUUAUAUUUCCACUAGUAAUGUUGAUACAAAUGAUUUCUGGGAUAUAUAUCCAAGACAGUCGUAUGGACUCCCUGGUAAAGAAACGAUUUCAGUUUCCUGUAAUGAGGCACUAUCUACCGCAUGGCAAGCACCUGAAAAGAAAGAGACUGUUAAGAAAACUUGGCCAAGAUUUUGAUUCAGAAUGGAUGUCGAUAGAAACACCAAAAAAAUCUAAUCACGUUCCUGAUACAUUUCUUCAGCAAGGCAAUAAAAUUGAGGAUGGACUUUUGAAACUCAGACUGGGUCACCUGAUUGAAUUUUAUUCACAUGAUAUGAAUCUCAGUAACCAGUCUAAAGAGGAUAUUAAAUCAUUUAUGCAAAACAUGGCGAGAUGUGAGAUAAAUUUUGAGUGGGAAGAUCUAGGAAACUUAUUCUGGCCGCGGAACAUCAAAUCUGGUGAAUGUGCUUCCAACAGCCCUUGCUCUUGGCCUUCAGGAAUGCUUUGUCAGGCCUCGGAAAGAAAAACCUUACACCUGCUUCACUGGAGAUGUAUUCGUCAGAAAAAUAAAAAGUCUAAUACAGAGCGUAAAACUAUGAAAGAAAAUAGAACUAACGAACUCAGAAGGAUUCGGCAAAGACGAACACGAAGCAUUGGCGGUGUAAUGGGGAGGGAACUAAAAUGCAGAUGGAAGAAAAUUCCUUACGAAGUGACAACCAAGUGUGGCUGCUCUUGUUAAACCUUACACAGUGUGAGGACAAAAUGACAUAAAACAAUAAUGUUAAUAUUGUUGGUUUAUUUUAAACAUAUGUGCUUUAUGUUAUUUUUUCAAUGUACUUAUUUAUAAAGCGUGUGUCUGUUAUUCUUUUUUAUUUAUAUCAAUAAAUCAAAAUAUAUUGCAGA